AUGAAUAGGUCAAAGUUGCAUACAUACGAUGAUGUGGCUGACAGAGUUGCUGAGCGACUUGAUGUGGCCGAUCCAUCAAAAAUCAGGUUUACUCGUCACAACUAUUAUCUUAAAAAGCCAGAGUCCAACCCAAUCCAGUAUCGUUUUGAAGGACAUUUGCCAGAUAUGCUACGCCACUACAUUCAGGAUUAUGGUAUUAUGUAUUAUGAAGUGUUAAACACCAGUCUGCCGGAAUUACAACAUAUGAAAACCUUGAGGGUUGCAUUUUACGAUGCAACCAUUACCAAGGAAGAGCCUGCCAUUCACAAUAUUAGCCUGCCUAAGCAGAGCACUGUGGGAGAUGUUCUCACUGAAAUUAAGAAAACGGUCAAGACAGAUGCUGAACUUAGAUUGCUUCAAUUACGCAGCCACAUGAUUUAUAAGGUAUUGACACCGGCUGCGACAAUUGAGGGUAUAGAUGACAAAUACUGGACAUUAUUACGUGCAGAGAAAAUUCCAGAAGAAGAGAAGGACAUGGGAACCAGGGAUCGGCGCAUUCAUGUGUACCAUUUCACCAGAGAGGCUGACAUAAUCUCCAGUUUCUUAUUAAUUAUUCCAAUCCAUAGCCAGGAUGUGCAAAACUUUGGGCAACCUUUCUUUCUCGUAAUUCGUGUAAAUGAAACUUUAGCUGCUGUUAAUUAA